AUCACAGCAAAACCAAAAACCAAGGGUGGAGAGAGAGAGAGAGAGAGAGGAGUUUCAAGGUAGGAGACAUGCCCAAGAUCUCCCCUACAGCUUCUUCUUGCCUAACCAGAUCCCAAAGGCUGUACAUUUGUGAACAUACUUGAGUGACGGAGAUGGUAUCACCCAUCUUCUAUUCUUUUGUCUUCCUUGAAUAGCUCUUUCAAAGGGAGCCCAAACGAAUCUUUGUAUUGUUAAGAAUCUUGUGGAAUUUGCAUCACCUUUGGAAUUGGAUGAAUUAGAUGUCUACUCGAGUUCAAAACCUUCCCGAGGAAAGCUUUGGUCAAAGGUCUGUCCUCUCAGUGCCACAUUUUGCUGUUAGUUACCCUUCACGGUGGACCUCCAAUGAACAGCAUAUUCCAUGGUCAUCCGGGAGCACAAGCUUGAAAGUGGAAUCUUCAUCCCAACUUCGUCAUGAGGCAAAGCAUUUAGGUCUUCAACUUCCAGACCAAGAUUCAUCCGCGACUCAAUCAAUUGGAUUUUCUAGUGAUAAAAUUGGUGGUGUGGGACAAGCCAAUUCUCAAGAUCAAAGCAUUUCCUCAGAGUCUGUUCAAAACGGAAGUUGCGACAAAAUGGUGGAUGGUCAAAUGAAGCUAGCUCCUUAUUUGAGUACUCGAGACACUGCUGCUGUCAAUCCUGCUCAAGUUGAUUAUCAAAAUUCAAUGGCUCAGGUUCCUUAUGCUUAUGCAAAUGCUUACUAUGGCAGUUUAUUUACUCCAUAUGGACCACAGGCUAUCAUUCAGCCCCAGCUAGGAGCUCAGAUAGUUGAGAUGGCAUCUGCGCGAGUCCCACUGCCUCUUGAUCUUGCUGAUGAUGCUCCCAUUUAUGUAAAUGCAAAACAAUAUCGUGGAAUUCUCAGAAGGAGACAGUCACGGGCGAAGCUUGAGGCUCAAAACAAACUACUUAAAGAUCGGAAGCCCUACCUUCAUGAAUCUCGGCAUCGUCAUGCAUUGAAUAGGGUUAGAGGAUCUGGUGGACGCUUUCUUAGCACAAAAAAGCCACAACAAUCUUCCAAUACAUCUCCCACCAUGCCUUGCGUCUCGGUCUCAGAUAGCGUUCACUUGCAUCAAAAGAAGGAAAUGUCCGGGUUCCAAAACUGUCAGUCAGAAAUGGCAGAAUGUGUUUCGAAUGCAGGUUGCUCAAACAUCACGAGUGUCUCCGUCUCUGAUGGUGAGGUCCUUUUUCGACAGCAUGAUCACAGGUUCUCAGGCUUCUCGCCUUCCAUGGGUGGAGGCAUGCAAGGCACUAGGCGCAUCAGCAGCAGUGGAAUGCAGCAUUGUGCUUCCGUUGUGCGGUGAGAAGGGACAUUUCACCGUCAGGCAAUUCAUCCUUGGCUUCGUAACUUUUAACUUUCGUUGUUAUGCUACAUGUUUGUUACAGAAGGGUUAUUCCUUAAAACUUUGUAAUGUCCAUGUCAACUUUCAAUGGCAACUUUAACCGUUGGAUUUUAGGGGGGAAAAAAAUCGUACGGUCUUUAUUAUAGGCCAGUGUUACCGUUA